GAGAGAUGGCGCUCUCGGUGCACUGGCGAUACCAAAAUGUCAGCCUCCAUGUUAACUAUUCGUGGAGCGUUGUUCUUGAGAAAUUUUAGGGUUUUAUCAAAUCCACGGGCAUUGUGCAGUUCAGAGAAACCAGCUAACGACCAGAGUGAUCCCCUAGAUAGGCUUCAAAAGAAAAACGAUCCUAUUGCUGUUUCCGAAUUUGACAGUGACAGUGACAAAUUGGUCAGUAAAAGCGGCUUUGCGAAAGCGUUCAACAGAUUCCAGCAUCUAAAAUCGCAAGAACAUUCGGCCAUUGCUGAAGACGCGACGAGUGAAUCGUUUAGCACAAGACUUAGACAUUCAAAGCUGGUGCAGAUAGGAGAGUCAGAAGGUCGUGUAGUCGUUGGGAAAAUAUUCUCCACUGUUGAGGAUGACCUUUACAUAGACUUCGGUGGAAAAUUUCACUGCGUCUGCAAACGACCACAGAAAAAUGGAAGUGCAUAUCACAGAGGAGUUAUGGUGAGAAUUCGUCUGAUAGACUUGGAACUUUCUUCAAAAUUUUUGGGCUCUGAGAAAGACGUGACAUUGUUGGAAGCUGAUGCAAGUCUGCUGGGUCUUUAUCAGUCCCACUCACAGUCAUCCUCAGUCCCAGCUAAUACUUAAAUUGAAUAUUAAUCUAGUUAGUUUAUUGUAAAAUUCUUGGUCUAUAGGCUAUUGUGUAUGAACCCUUAUUGGUGUCAUGAACUGAUGUAUUGUUUUAUGCUAGAUGUCCUGAAAAUAAGAUUUGCUAGAGGCAACUGUUUUGUAAUAUGCAAUGUGAGCAGUUAAACAUAAAUAGACGUGUCAGAGCAUUAUACACAUACCAGGAAACUAAAUCAUUUUCAUGUUGUUCAUGUUGUGUUAGCAAUUAAAAUCUUUGAUGUAGCCAAUCUAUUAUAUGAGUAGAUGGAUCUGAAUAUGUCAUCGGUUAUAUAAUUGUAUUCUUAUUAACAAAAAUAGAUAAUACUAACUAGUUA